ACCAACACGCUUUACUGUGAGCAGUGCAAGUAGAUUGCUAGCAAAAUGAGAAUUCUAUUAUAUUCUAUCAUAUUUGGAUUGCUGGUAGGUGCUUGUGGGCGGUUGAUUAGCACGGCCAAGUAGGCGAAGUGCUUUCAGUUGGUUUUCUUCUCUCGCGAAAAGCUCACACGGCUCGAGUAAUCAAAUACGCAAAAUCGUAACUCAUCUCGUAGAGAAUUAACAAAGCACAUAACGCUAAUUACUUUAUCCAACGGGAAAAAAGGGGUACGACAAGGUCAACUAAGGUCUCUGUGAGUUGCGUUAAAGGUGUUGAAGAGAAAGUGAAAAUUUCCUGCGAGAAUGGCACAACUAUUCAAAAGUAUUAGAGGCACAGUAGUGUUGACACAAAAGCUGUCGAACCCUGCAUCGGUGGCAGCAACGACUGGACAGCGGUGGUUCAGGAGCAUUCAAAAUGAUGACUACGAUUUGGUUGUUGUUGGCGGCGGCAUAGUCGGUGUCGCAUCAGCGCGCGAAAUUCUUCUACGACAUCCUCAUUUACGCGUUGGAUUACUAGAGAAAGAACAUAAAUUAGCCGUGCACCAAAGUGGACAUAAUUCGGGUGUCAUACAUGCUGGUAUCUAUUACAAACCAGGUUCAUUGAAGGCAAAAUUAUGUGUGCAGGGUAUGCAUUUGGCUUAUGAUUUUCUGAAUGAAAAGAAAAUACCAUACAAAAAGGUGGGCAAAUUAAUUGUGGCCACCAGCGAGGAUGAAGUUGGACGUUUAAUGGAUUUGUAUGAACGGGGCCAAAAGAAUUUAUGUCCUGAUCUGAAGCUAAUCGACGAAAAUGAAAUCAAAGAAAUUGAGCCAUAUUGCGAAGGUGUCAAGGCAAUACAUAGUCCGCAUACGGGCAUUGUCGAUUGGGGUCUUGUUACAGAGUACUAUGCACAAGACUUCAAGCAGGCCGGCGGAGAUGUGCAUCUCAACUUCAAAGUUUCGAAAUUCUUGGAGACCUCGGACAAGGAUGCUGAUAAAUACCCGGUGACUAUACGUGGCGCUCGUGACCGCCAACAAGUGCGUACACGUUAUGUGCUCACCUGUGGCGGCCUGCAAUCGGACAAAUUAGCGGAGUUGACAGGCUGUCCGCGUGAUCCACGCAUUAUACCCUUCCGUGGCGAAUACCUCUUGCUAUCGAAAGAGAAGCAGCAUAUGGUGCGUGGCAACAUAUACCCAGUACCGGAUCCAAAUUUGCCAUUCUUGGGUGUGCAUUUCACACCGCGCAUGGACGGUUCCGUCUGGCUUGGACCAAAUGCUGUGCUCGCAUUUAAGCGUGAGGGCUACAACUGGAAUGACAUUAAUCUUUUGGAAUUAUUCGAUGCGGUACGUCAUCCCGGUUUCUUGAAAAUGGCUACCCGACAUUUAAAAUUCGGUUUAUGCGAAAUGUCUAAGUCAAUAUUUAUAAGAUUACAAACCAAAGAGUUGCAGAAGUUUAUACCCGAAAUCAAUGAAUUCGAUAUAAGUGCCGGACCAGCUGGCGUACGCGCACAGGCCAUGGACAGCCAUGGUAAUUUGGUGGAUGACUUCGUUUUCGAUAAAGGCGAAGGAAAAGGCGCACUAGCACAUCAAGUACUGCAUUGUCGCAAUGCGCCCUCGCCCGGUGCUACCAGCAGCUUAGCCAUUGCAAAGAUGAUUGCCGAUAAGCUUGAAAAGGAAUUCGAUAUAAAAUGUUAGCACUAUCUUGACAUUAAAGGUUAUGCGAUUAGGCCUACUGGUUGAGUUGCAAUAUUUAACGGGGCAGCUAAUAAUUAUUGUCCUUGUGUGUUCUUU